CAAGCCUCAGUAGUGAGUCUACGCGCGUUCGGUGCAGUUGCCGCAUAUCCCACGCAUCCGAGAAGCGGUUCGAAUGGGAUAGAUAUAAUUUUUGUCGCUCUCGCCAGCAAUCAAAACGGAGAUCCUAGCGGAUGGAAACGUAAAAUCGAUAACACCUACAUUCCCUGUUUGUGGUGCGACUGUGUGCGUUUCGUAUCCUUUUCGGCGGCUAUUCGUCCCCUCGGAGCUGGGCUCUGCAGGCAAAAUUUUGUGUGAAUGAAAAACAUCUGAUCUGGAGUUGCUGUUGAUCAGCAGUUAUCAGCGUGUUGCUGGAAUAAGGCUGUGUGCUAGCUGUUACCGAUUUGUACUUCCUGGUUGAUUGAUGCAGAAAAGAGGCUACUUUUGGGUAAACUGUUUAAGGGAAAGCGAACCAACGAGGUUGUGAAGUGCAAUCCACCCGAUUGUUGUGAAACAAACAAAUAAAAAUGGGAGUGAAUGAUACCGGAAAUGAGAGCGAGCUUACAUCAUCGACAUCCAAGAUGAAUCUGGAGAUGCUGCAGAAGAUUUUCCUGAAAAUCGAACCCGAUGUGAUUAUCGACUCGUAUGAAGAAUCGAAGGGGGCCGAUCGCGGUGACAACUACACGGCCGCUCUCUUUCGGCUGACCCUCAAAGGUCACACCCCAUCGAGUGAUGGCUCGAAGAAGCUACGGUGGGAGAAGACGGUGAUAUGCAAGCGCCUGCCGGACUGCAAGGUCAAGCGGGAGGCAUUCAAAAGUGAAACGCUGUUCCGCAACGAGGUUGAGUUCUACAACACCAUUAUGCCCGAGUUCUUGGCCUUCCAGAAGCGUAAAAGUGGCAGCGGCAACGCAUCGGAGAUAUUCACGGCUGUUCCCCAGUGCUAUCUGGCCCAGGAUGACCUGGUGAUUCUGGAGGAUUUACGCGUCCGACGAUUCAGCAUGCCAAAUCGACAGCGGGGUCUCGGGAUGGAGCAGAUGAAGGUUACCCUGGUGGAGCUGGCCAAGUACCAUGCGGUCAGUCUCGCGUACAGAGAACAGCACCCGACGGAGUUUAAGAAAUUAAUCUCGAAAAUAUCGGAGGGAAUUUUCGCCAAAGCUAAUACCGAGUGGUAUAAAAACUAUUACGGUAUUUUGACUAAAAAUGCGAUUCAAAUGGUGACGCAAACUGUUCCCGGAAAGGCAGAGUAUGCAGAUAAGCUGAAAGCGUUCGUGAAGAAUUUCUUUGGAAAUAUGGUAGACCUUGUGAACAAGGAUACGAAGUUGUCGGUUAUUUGUCACGGAGAUUGUUGGACGAACAAUAUACUCUACAAGUAUGACGAUAAAGGAUCGAUUUGUGAGACCUAUUUUGUAGAUUUCCAAAUGAUCCGGUACGGAUCCUUCGCGCUCGAUCUGUCCUAUAUGAUCUACUGCUGCACCGAUGCUUCCUUGCGUAAGACCAAUUUGCAGAAUUGGUUGAAAAUUUACCACCAGCAACUGGUAAAGUCGCUAAAACUUCUCGGCUCUCUCGAGGACCUAUGUACGGAUGAGGAAGAUCUUUUGCAGCAGAUCAAGGAUGAGUUCAAGGAAUGCGCUCGCUUCGGGCUAGGAACGGCUAUGGAUAUGUUACCGAUUAGUACUUGUUCGUCAGAGGAAGCGCCUGAUCUGUACGUGAGUGCAUCGGAGGGAGUUCCAGCACCUCCGGAGCUGAACGUCCCGACAAAUGAGGAUUGCCGACGGAAAAUGACUGAUAUUGUGAUGGAACUAGUCGACGGAGAGAUGCUCUAGGCGCCAAGACGGUGCUUCCCACUGGUCCGAGCAUAACUUAUGACUUUUACUAGUUACUAGUGAGACUGUGUAGGCCGUUUGUUGUACUAAAUAAUUACUGAAUCUAUUUGUGAUGGGGAAAUAAAACUGAAACUGAAAGCAUGUU